GGGGGGAGGGGUGAUCACUGGUCUUCAGUACAGGGACAAAGAUGCCAGAGACACCAAGAGCUUCUCAAAGUUUUCCAUACACAAAUGAAGAAAAUGCUUUGGGGAAAAAGUUCUUUGUCUUCAAGGCAGGAAACACAAGUGAUGCUCAUCGUUUCUUUGUUAAGAAGCUGAGCCGUGUUGGCCAAAUAGAGGUGACCUCUGCAGAAGGAUGCGACUACAUUCUGGUUUUCUGUCCUGUUGUUUCGCGAGUUGGAACGAACAUCGCAGAGGCCCUGGACAACAUGCCUUCUGGCAAACCAGCAAUUCUGGUGGUGAUGCAUCAUACCUUCGAUUGUGAUCGUGUUCCAGGUGAAAGCCGCAGACAGGUGAACAAUCCGAAUGUUCGCCUCACUGUGGACUGUCUGUUUUAUGAAGGCAAAUUCCUCGAUUGCAACCGCAACGAUAUCAUGUGGCAUGAUGUGCAGACAUUUUUGCGGGUUCCUGAUAAGCAGAUGAUUUCCUUUCACACCACUUUCCGCGAAAACUUACAACACUGUUUGAAGAUGACGUCACUUAUUUUUCUAAUUUUGCUUUUGGUGGCUAUAAUAAUUUUUUGCAUAACUGCUAUGUUGUGCCUUGAAGGGAAAAAAUACAUGUGCUUUUUCAAGAAUGUGUAAUUAUCUGCCAAAAAUGAAUAAUUACUAUUAUUAUUAUUAUUAUUAUAUUAUACCUGUGAAGGCUGGUGUAUUUGUGCGCUGCUGAAGGUUUUGAUCAAUGGUAUCCAACCUGGGAACAAUAGAGGUGAAAUCAUGUAAACCUAGCAUAGUCAUAAUAUGCAACCCUAAGUUAAAAAAAGAUAUUUCAAAGACUUUGAUGACAUUUUUCCUCUAAUUUGAUUUUGAUCUAAUGUAAAUGUGUUAAUAAGUUUUCUUUGCUUCCUCCUUUAUAUCUGAAACUGACGUCAGUGUAACAGAUGUUUGAGUUUGUUGUCUCGGGGUUUUUUCCAAAGCUAAACAUGUCAACGCUUUACAACUCUUUACAGUUUUGUGAAAUGCAUAUGUUAAAAUGUGACUUUAGAUUAGCAAGUAUAGCAUGUAUUUUAAGUUAAAAAAACAACAACAAAGGAAUAUUUUGUUGUGGUGUUGCUUGUAAUUCAUUCAUGAGAUUUUUGAUCAUCCAUCCAUCCAUCCAUCCAUCCAUCCAUCCAUCCAUCCAUCCAUCCAUCCAUCCAAUUUAAGAAUGCAGGAGGUCUUUGAUACUAUUUGAAAUAUUGAGAAUGUUUAGAUAUUGGCAAAAACAUGAAAACAUGAAUAUUUUUUUCCCAACAGUUUUGAUCAUUUUACAGACUGAAUAUUCCCUUUGG